CAGGAGGAGAAACUUCUACGAUGUCGUGUAGCUCUCCUUUUGAUGAAGAACACACAGGAGUUAAUGAUGGGGGCAUGGAAUUUCCAGCUAUUGCAGAUGGACACUUCGUGUUUGAAAAGGAUAGUUUAAUUUAUAAUGAAGAAGACCAAGUACAAGAUGAACUUGAGGUACAGUUGGGAGAAGAAGGUCAAUAUGAUGUUAGUGCAACUGUGUUAUGGAAACAUGUCAUCAAAGGAAAAAAGUGUGGAAAUGCUCAUGGGGGUUCCCAUGUCUUCAAAUGCAAACAUUGCCUGAAGAUAUACCAUGGGACCUAUACACGUGUUUAUGCACAUUUAAUGGGGCAUAAGAAAGGUGAAAGCAAAGGAAUUGGCUAUUGUUCCGUCGUAAGGGCAGACAAAAAUCUACAAAUGCAAAUUAAGAGGGAAGUUGAGCAAGUUGAGAGGUCACCAAACAUUGUUCCACUGAAGAAGUCAAAGCUCAACACAAAUUCUGGUAUGACAUCACAGGGACCUUCUGUAGCCCUUUCCUAUGUAGGUCCAUUAGAUAAAGAUUAUUCGACUCAAGAUAGUGAUGAUGUUGAUUCUAAAGUAAUACGCUGUUUGUGUGCUAACGGGAUCCCUUUAAGUGUGCUAAGGUCACCAUAUUGGGAAGAAAUGGUAUCAGCAAUUGGUAAGGAAUUGGGCUACAAAAGCCCAUCUUAUGAAAGAGCACAAACCAUCUUGUUGGAAAAUGAGAUGGACAGGGUUGAAAGGGAACUAGAUGAUUUCAAGCAGAAGUGGCCUCAAUAUGGAGUUUCCGUUGUUUCAAAUGGUUGGACUGAUGGUAAGAAUCAAUCCUUGAUAAACUUCUUGGCCUCGAAUCAAUUUGGCUCUAUAUUUCUACAUGCCCUUGACCUUUUACUGGUCAGGAAGUCCCAGAAAAGUAUAUAUGAUUAUAUGCUUGAAGCAAUUGAAAAAGUGGGAUCAUAUAAUAUCAUUCAGUUGAUCACAGAUAAUGCUGCAGACUGUAGAGCUUCAAGUGAGGAAGUGGCAAAAACAUAUCCUCACAUAUUCUGGACUCCUUGCAUGGUUCACACACUCAAUUUGAUAUUGGAGGACUCUAUAAAUGCCCUCCCUUGGCUUGAGCAGACUUAUACAACUGCCAAAGGUAUAGUGAAAUACAUCUUAUAUCAUUCCCAAGCUGUUGAAAUUUGUCAAAGUUAUCCAAAGUUAGAAUUAUUGAAAGUUGCAGCCAGAGGGUGUGCAUCACACUACAUUACUCUUCAUCUUCUACUUCAUGUAAGGGAAGCUUUAAGGGCUGCUGUCAUAUCUGAUCAAUGGGAGAGAUGGGCUGGUUUUCCAAACCUAGAUGAGAAAGCAAAGCUUUCUGGAGACAAUGUGAAGGCGGCAGUCAUGUCUGAUAACUUUUGGGAAGCAGUGCUGUUGGCUCUUUCUAUAAUAAAACCAAUAUAUAAAAUGAUCAAAUUUACCGAUCAAGAUGGCCCCCUUAUUGGAGAGGUAUGUGAGAGAAUGGAUAAUAUGUUGGGAGAAAUCAAAGACAAUUUGAGAGGACAAGAGGACACCUUUAUGCUUGUCAGGGAAAAGGUUUUUUUAAGGUGGAACAAGGCAAGUGUUCCAUUGCAAUGCUUAGCUUGUGCCCUUACCCCAAAGUAUUAUGAUGAAGAAUACCUCCAAAUACCUGCCCCAGGGGGUAGGAAGAGGUGUACUCCAGAUCAAGAUGAUGAUAUAUUUGAUGGUGCCAUGACUGCAAUAUUAAAAAUGCACCCACAUGAUGAUCUAGCAGAUACUGUUCGUGUGCAGUUCUUGUCUUUUGUAGAAAAGAAGGGAAAGUUCUCCUCUGCAACUGCAAAAAGAGAUGCAAGAAAUCCAAAAAUCAAUGUUUUGCAGUGGUGGAAGUUUCAUGGAGGAGAUACAAAGGAGUUGAGAGAUAUGGCAUUUAGAGUGCUUGCACAAUCAAUUAGCACUUCAUCUAUUGAGAGACCAUGGAGCACCUAUAGCUAUAUCUACAAUGCAAAGUGCAAUAGGCUAAAUCCAAGCCGCACUGAUGACCUGAUGUAUAUACAUUCCAAUUUAAGAUUACUAUCCCGGUUUAAUUCAAAUUAUAAGUAUGGUCCAUAUAGAAAAUGGGAUGUAAAUCCGGAGCUUCCUCUUGUGGAUGAAUCUGCUUUACAGUGGGAGGAUUUGUGCUUCAUAGGCCUUGAUGAUGACUCAUUGUUGAAACAAGCUGCUCACUCCAGUAAUCCUAUACAAGAGCUGUUAAGGAUUAUUGAAGAUGUUCCUUCAAGCAGCAAUCAAUGUGGUGAACAAGAUCUGAUCAUUAGCUCCAUGCAUGCAAGUGGAGGGCGAGGAGGGAGAGGAGGCCAAGCUGGUGCUAGUGGUAGGCUUGAUCCAAAGGGGAAGACAAAGAAAUUCUUAUGAAGAUGGAGAGAGUAUGAUCGAUCGACAGAGGGGUAUGUAAGGCAGUUUUUAUAUGAAGAAAAGUUCUGACAUGCCAACUGCAAUGCAUGGAGAGACUCAUUUCUUUUGUAAUUAUGUAUUUAGAUAUAGGUAUAGGAUAGUGGUUAUGUAAUUAUAUAUUUACAUCCAUCUUUUCCAUUUGCUUUACAGCAUGAAGAAAAUUAUGUUUUACCAACAGAUGACUUUCCCAGGGGAUGGUUCCAACCAGCAUGGUGGUGAUCCCUACUGUUGUUCUCUGAGAAGUGGCAUUUUUUUUCCAGGUUUAGCACCCUUCUGUGUAGAAUAAUAAGUUGAAUACUUCAAAAACUCCCAGAAUCAAGGUAUACUUUUAAGAUAGUCAUGA